GGCGGCGCGGCGCGCUGCGGCGGGUGCGGUCGCAUGGGCCACCGCAGGGAGCAGUGUCGGUUUGCGGCGUACACGUGCAAUAGAUGCGGCGAGAAAGGGCAUUUAAAAAGAAUGUGUUCUAAACGUAUUGUUCGGCAACAUUUAGUCGAGUGCAGUGCGGAUGAUGAAGAUGACGAUGUCCUUACAGUGUAAACAAUACAGCGGGAAAAGGAAAGUGAGCUUUGUAACCGGUGAAUUAGUGUUAGUUCAAAUAAUUAAUAAACAAAAAAAACAAUGGACAAAGGGACAAAUUCUGAAGAAACUUGGAUCAUCAGUGUACCUAGUACGUGUGCUAGGUAAUAACCAAGAAAUUAAAAAACAUUCAAACCAACUAUUGAAAUAUAAAGGGGAGAAGGAAUAUGUAGAAGAAAAAGAUGAGGGAUCAGAUGAGCAGGAGGGAACAGAAACCGAGGAGUUAGCAAUGCCGCCCAUAGUAUGGUUGCCGUCAACCGGCACGUCGCAGGCUCCGCAGCAGGCCGCGGCCAGCCCCUCCUUCAGCAUCAGCGGCGAGGAGGAGCACACUGUUACACCAGCCAGCGCCCAGACAGGUGGCAAUGAGGACAGUGUUAGUGACCAAUGGGCGGAGUGUGAGACUAGCCAACCGGAGCAGUUGCCUUCUGUUCCAAACGAACCGAGGACUGAUGAACCAACAAGCGGUGUCCUUUCUCCCCGAGAAGAACCACAGGCAGCUACGACAGUUCCAAAACGCAAUCGCAAAGUAGUUGAUUACCGGAAAUUCUUUUAAAAUAAAAAAAACAUUGUAUUAUAGUAGUACGAUUUAGUUUAGGAAAUAGUGGUGGAGGGAUGUUAGAUAUUAAGUGGAUAAGAGGGUAGUUGGUAAUUUGUGAGGAAGCUGCGACCUCUCACGCUUGACUUGGCAGUCGAAUAGAGACCUCGAUCUAGCUCUGUUGUUUCAUUGUGUCUUCUCGAC